AUGGCAUCCGAAUCGCAACAAUCCCAGCUCUCGAUGGAUCUCCCCAUCAUCGACCUCGACAUCUACCUCAACAACCCUCCCACCUCUCCCCUCGUCCAAGCCGAAUGCUCCCGCGCCGCCUCGUCCCUCAUCACCUACGGCGCCCUCCUCCUCCACGACUCGCGCGUCUCCGAAGCCGACAACGAAACCUUCCUCGACCUCCUCGAAGACUACUUCGCCCAGCCUGAAGAAGAUCUGAAGCGCGACGAGCGGCCCGAGCUAAGCUACCAGAUAGGCGUCACGCUCGAAAACACCGAGAAGCCGAAAUGUGCCGUCGACGAGCCGUGCCUAGACAUCAUCCAGAGACUGGACCCGAGCCAGCGGCCGCUGGACAUUUCUGCGCAUUCACCAGAUCCCAAGGCUCGGUUCUUCUGGAGGAUGGUGGAGCUGCCGCCGUAUGAGACGCAGUUCCCCGGCUUGAAUGCGGAGAACAUCACGCCUGAUGCGGCGCAUAUCAAGGAGCGAUGGGCUCCGACGAUGAAUCUGUGGGGAAGCUCCAUGAAGAAUGCCGUCUCCAAACUCUCCGAAAUGGCAGCACUCGGCCUCGGUCUCGAAGCCGACUACUUCAGCAACGCCGGCCGUUACGGCCCCCAUCUCCUCGCCCCGACUGCCUCCGACCUCAACAAGUACGCCUCCCUCGACACCAUCCUCGCCGGCUUCCACACCGACCUCAACUUCCUCACCAUCCACGGCCGUUCUCGCUACCCCGGCCUCAAUAUCUGGGCCCGCAACACGGGAUCCCGCAUCCCCGUCAAGAUCCCCCAGGGCAACUAUCUCCUCGUCCAGGCCGGCAAGCAAAUCGAGUACAUCACCGGCGGGCUCAUCAAGGCCGGAUACCACGAGGUCGUCGUCAACGAGCGCACCAUUGAGACCAUUGAGCGGCGCAAGAUCGAGUUCCCGGAUAGGCCGCUGGUGAGGAUCUCGAGCACGCUGUUUUGGCAUCUCAACUCGGACUUUGACUUGGCGCCUGUGCCCAAGUUGGCGGAGAGGGCGGAGAAGGUGCGCGAGGAGCAGGCGAAGCUGGGACGAGACGAGGGCGAGCCGGCAAAGUAUCCUCCUACAAAGGUUGGAUACCAAGUUCAAGAGUGA